UUGUAGGAUGGACUAACAAGAAAUAUGAUUGGCAACAGGCUAGCAGUUCCAAUUUUGCUUCUCUAUGUCUUCUUCAGGGACUUUCGACCAUCAGAGCCAUUUCUUACACCGUUUCUAAAUGAAACAAAAGGCUUUACAAAGCAUGAAAUUAACAACAUGAUAUACCCUGUAUGGAGUUACUCUCAGCUUCCUAUAUUCAUAUUGGUACUGGCCUUCACAGAUGCUGUACGUUACCUACCUAUGAUAUGGUUAGGUGCAUUGGGUUAUGUUGCAACAUGGCUGUUGCUUAUUUUUGGGACAACCGUCAAAUUGAUGCAGCUUAUGCAGGUUACAUACGCCAUUGGAACUGCAUGUGAAGUUGCUUACAAGUCUUAUGUUUUUGUUGCUGUUACAAAGGAAGAGUACAGUACAGUUAGUUUAUACCUUGCUGGCUCAACUCUCUUUGGACGAUCAAUGUCCUCUUUUGCUUCUCAAAUCCUUCACGACUAUGCUGACAUUUCAUUUAUGCAGCUCAAUUACAUAAGUCUUGCCUCUGUGUCUUUGGCUCUGAUAUUAGCGUUAGUCAUUCCUGCACCUCUAAAUUUCGUUGGGUUGAAUGAGAAUUCAACAAUUCAGCCUACGUCUGAUCAGGACCAGCUCAUCUUAGAUGAUGAUAUAAGCAUGAUACAAAAGGUCAAAGAAAAGUUUCUGAGGGGGAAAGUAAAUGUUAUGUUAUCAUACAAAUCAUUGCAAACUAGGAGGUGGGCCUAUUGGGCCAUUGUCACCUCAGCUUUAUACUUUAUGGUUGGCAACAGUGCACAAUCCCUGUGGAAAGACUUGGAGAAUGGAAAGAAAAAGCGGUUCAAUGGUUAUGUGAUUGGUGUGACUGGUCUGUUAAGUAGCUUAACUUCCUGGAUUCUAACAAGGUACUCAAGAUCGGUAGAACACACAAAAGCAUCUGUUCUAGCUGUGCUGACACUGGCUCUAGCACUGACAACACUCCUUCCAACCAUUCUACAAAACCUCUACCUUGCAUAUGUCUGUGAUGCUGCCUUCAACAUCAUAACCUCGUCCUGCAUGACAAUAGCCCUGUUCAAGAUAGCCCACUCCCUCACCACGAAUCUGUAUGGCUUUGUGGUAGGAGUGAACGCGUGUGUAGCUGGAACGCUCGAUCUUCUGGUUACUUUCAUUGUGAUUGAUGAGCGAGUUCUGAGUUUCAACCCACGGCAGCAAUACUUGGUUUACACGGGUUUUGCAGUUGUGUGUGUUCUGGCCUAUUUUGGUUACAAGUUUGUCACUUUGCUGCAGGGAGGUAAUGCGGUGGAACUCAGACAAGGAAAUCUCACUGGGUUUGUGGAGGAUGGGAGAUCUGAUGAUGGAGUUUUGGAUGCCUAAUUAUGCUUUUUUUUUACUGACAAACUUGCUUUAAGUUUAAAUACCGGAUUUGGUUUUGAUGUCUGUAGUGACAAGAAUUUAAUUGUGUUGUUAUUCGAAAUUUUUCUUUCAAACUGUUAAACAAAUGAUUUUUUAUCGAAUAUGUUAAGUGUGUAAUGUAUAAAAACUAAAUAGAUAAAUAAAUUAAAUGAAGUUGUGCGAAAAAGUUCUGACAAACUUUCUUAUUUUCUGGCCCUGUAAAUUUUUGGUUAACCCUCUUUAGUUACUCUCGAUAACUGACUGGAAACUCUUUUUAUGUUUGUUACUGCGUGACUUGACCUGAGUACUUUUAAAUGAUUAUUUCUUUUAAAUAUUUUGUUUGGUUUUGUUUAUGAAUAUAUUGAAGAACUUAACGACUCUUUACUUAUGAAUGUUUUGAAAGAAUCGCUGUUUUUUUAAUUUGAAAAUUAAUUAUUUUUAUGUUUUUUUAAUUUGAAUAUUACGUAAUUAUUAUAAAAAUAAAUGUGUUAUGAUUGUAAAAUUUGUUUUUCUCA